CAACAACUCCUUGCAUCCGCAGAACAAGCAGCUCCUGCAGCAUAUCUCCACUCUCAGCUGUCGGAUCACAUCAUUGAGCUCUGCAAAAUGUCUGACAUCCACGCCGAUACCGCCAUUCCGUCCAUCGAGACUGGGAACGGGUCUACAUUGACUAACACCAAGAAUGGUAUUAUCAACAGUAAGAUCCAAGCUCCAUAGCUCCACAACCACACAACUGACAACCUAUCUAGAUGCCUCUGCCGCCGCUGAUGCCAUCAAGAACCACCCUAUAACCCAGAGUGUCACCAACGGCCCUGUUGCGGAGAACAUCAUGGACCAACAUGCAAAGACCCAAGCCGAGUUUUCCAACCUCGCAGCCUCAAGGCAGACACCUUCUACACCCGCCGCUACCGGACAACCGCUCACCCACUAUCACGGCUUCUUUGGCAGCCUUCUGUCAUGGGAGAACCCAAGAGCUUCCGGAAUUGCCUAUGCCUCCGUGGUCCUCUUCAUCUUUGCCGCUCGAUACCUUGAUAUCAUCCGGUACACUUUCAAGAUCUCCUACAUGGUCCUCGGUAUCACUGUGUUUGCAGAAGCUGUAGGCAAGGCUCUCUUGUCUACUGGUCUUACCUCCCAAAUCCGCCCCAAGAAGUACUACACAGUUUCUCGGGAGACUUUGAACGCUGUGAUUGGUGAUGUCCACGAAUUGCUCAACUUCUUCGUUAUCGAGGCCCAGCAGAUUAUCUUCGCUGAGAACUUGUUCAUGUCAUUCGCUGCUUUCCUUGGUGCCUUCCUCUCGUACUACCUAAUCAAGAUCGUCCCAUUCUGGGGUCUUUCUCUUAUCUCGACCUCCAUCCUCUUCCUCGCACCCCUGAUCUAUAAGACCAACCAAGAACUCAUCGACCACCACGUCUCGAAUGCCACAAAGGUCCUCAACGAGCAGAGCCAACAAGUUAAGGCCCUUGCUAGUCAACAUGCCGCAACAGUCACCGAGUCAACCAAGAGCCUUGUUGGAGACUACUCUGCGAAGGCACAAGAGAUGAUUGGCAAUGCUCGCGGACGUUCUACCUCUCCUACCCUGUCUGCUAAGCCAGCCAAGACCGAAGAGAUCAAGAAGGAGAACGUCCCAGCAUACAAGGCUGAAGACUUCCCUGCCGCUCCCAAGGAGGAUUUCAAGGCACCUCCGGUCGGAGAUGUGGCUGCAGCUAUGAAGACCGAGGAUGAGCCAUUGAUCGCCUCGUAAACGAAUUCCAAUACUCUACGACUCGAAGGCUCUUCAACACUCAAGGCGGCAUAAUAGGUGUGGGUUGACGAGAAUGAUGGCAGAGAUAUGAUGGAUAUGGCGG